UCCUAGCCAGCUCGCUGACUGUUCAGCAAUUAGCCGGAGGCGCGUAAUUGAAGCUGUAAGUGCGUUGUGGUUCGAUUGAAUCACUUUUUGGCUACUUGAUUAAUUAAUUAAGCAUAUACGAGAGGGCUUGGUAAUAAAUCUUCCAGCUGUUUGCUGGCCGACCUUUAGCUGCACUUCAUGUGACUCUCAAGAGUCGUUCAAUCCGAUUAGCUAUAAAAAGCGCCCGCGGCCCAACUCAGUUGCGUUAAUUAGUCGCUCAAUAAGCUUCAAACCAUACCAAACAAUAAUAAUGCGCAACUCAGAGAGUCCUUUGCUGCUUCAGCUGCUGCUGCUUUUGCUGGCACUUGAGAGCACCUGGUCAGCGACCAUAUUGCAUCACGAUGUCGCCGGAGCCAGCGCCAUUUCGCAUCAGAGCUUUAUCCGUUUGUCAUCGCCGCCAGCUGCUGCAGUAAUCCAUCAGUUGCCUGCAACUUUAGCUACGCCCACAGUGCGUAUAAUUAAUGUGGCCAGGCAAACAAAGACCGAACCGCAGCUGCAGCUGCAGCUUAGUCCGCAGUCUGAAGAGAACACUCCACUCCACACGCCGGCACAUCUCACCUAUGCGGCACAUCCGGUGGUGCAUCAGAUGCUGCCCCGGAUUAAGCCAGUGCGCAGUAUAAGCUACGCCUCGCUGUUGCCGGGUCCGAGACAAGGACACGGCACACACACAUUUGCACAAUCAGUUUAAGUUUAAAUUCUUAAUAUGUACACAGGUAAAAACGUGAUAACAUAAAAUAUAAAACCUUGAAUCAAGAU